UGUAUCUGACAAUUGUAGCGCGUUGCGGCCUUUUUCGUGUUGGUGGAUGUUGGGUCGUUUGCGCUUUUAUUUGUAGCGCUUAAAGACUGGCACUAUGAGUCGUUUUUUCGACGCCGGGUCCGACUCGGACUCGGAAUCAACCCAGAGUGACGAGCCGGAGCGGUUCCAGCAGCCUAAGCUCACCGCCGCCGCAUUCGCCUUCUCCGAUGAUGAAGAGGAGACGAAGCGCGUGGUCAGGUCCGCUAAGGAGAAGCGCUAUGAGGAACUGAAAACCUAUGUUAGAAAUAUCAAGAACUUCCGGAAGAACAGGGACAUUGGUUCACUGUUAACCAACUUUGAGGACCUAUGGAAGGCGUUCACGAAGGCGCAGACUGUGAUCCAGAAGGAGGAGAGCGGUCAGGUGCCGCGCUUCUACGUCCGCUGCAUGGCCGAGGGCGAGGACUUUAUCAACUCCGUCUGGGAGGACCGCAACGCAAGGAAAAACCUCUCCAAGGUCCAGUCCAAGAGUCUGGCGACGCUGCGCCAGAAGCUGCGCAAGUACAACCGCGAGGAGAAGAUGGCGGCGGAGAUCGCCAAGUUCCGCGAGAACCCCGACCUGCCGGACAGCGACGAGGAGGAGAAGCGCGCCGAAGACUCUGACGACUCAGACUCUGAGGACGACGGCGCCAGCGACGCCGAGGUGGCGCCCUCCACGGGCACCAGCAAGGAGCCGUCCCGCUCGCGCGAGAUGAGCAAGGCCAAGGACGAGUCGGACUCGGACAGCGACGACAUCGACUGGGGCUCCGACUCGGACGAGUCAGACUACAGCGACGACGACCAGGACCAGUACCCCAGCAUGCGCGACUACUUCCUCAAAAAGUCGACCGAUAAGGAUGACGAGGCCCGCAAGCGCCAGAAGAAGGAGGAGCGGGAGCGCCAGCGGGCCGAGGAGCGCGAGCGACGCCGGCAGCAGGAGGAGGACGACGAGGAUGAGGACGGCGACUGGGAGAAGGUCAAGAAGGGCGCGCCCACCGCCAAGGAGAAGCUCAAAAUGUUCGCCAAGGACGACGAGGUGACGCUGAACCUCGUCAACAAAAAGUACGCCGAGAUCAGCGCGGCGCGCGGCAAAAAGGGCAACGACCGGCGGGAGAUGAUCGAGCUGCUGCAUGAGCUGCUGACCAUCGCCGAGCAGCACAACAUGACGCCCGGCAUGAUCGUCAAGAUCAAGUUCGGUCUGACGGCGGCCAUCUUCGACUACAACCUGGCCAUCCGGUACGCCAUGAAGCCCGACCUCUGGGAGAAGGUGAACCAGCGGGUGGAGGACCUGCUGGACCAGCUGCUCACCACGCCGGACGUCAUCGUCGGUGAGAACAUCCUCGAGGAGAACGAGUCGCUCGAGGAGCCGCCGUACCGCGUGCGCGGCUGCAUCCUCUCCGUCGUCGAGCGGCUCGACGACGAGUUCGUCAAGAUCCUGAAAAAUUGCGACGCCCACAGCAACGAGUACUUUGAGAGGCUGCGCGACGAGCACCGGAUGGUGCGUCUGAUCGACAAGGCCGUCCAGCUGCUCGAGUCGCGCCUGCCCAAGGCCGAUGACGCCGUGGUGGAGUUGUGCACCACGCCGCACGAAAUGUGCCGCGGCUACCUGAAGCAGGUGGAGCACAUCUACUACAAGGUGGACAAGCGCAUCUUCCAGCAGGCAGAGGGCGAGGUGCCGGCCGACGAGCCGACCAGCGAGCAGGAGGUGGACCGGCGCUGCAAGUACAUCUACAGCAACGACAGCACGGCGGUGCUGCGCACGCGCGCCAUCCUCUACCACAUCUACCACCACGCGCUGCACGACCACUGGUACGAGGCGCGCGACCUGAUGCUCAUGUCGCACCUGCAGACCAACAUCCAGAACGCCGACCCCGUCACCAAGAUUCACUAUAACCGGAUGAUGGUGCAGCUGGGUCUGUGCGCGUUCCGCAACUCCCAGAUCCGGGAGGCGCACAAUGCGCUGCUCGACAUCCAGAGCAGUCCGCGCGUCAAGGAGCUGCUCGCCCAGGGCAGCAGUCAGCGUCGCGACGACCUGACCCAGGAGCAGGAGGAGCUGAACAAGCUGCGAGAGAUGCCCUACCACAUGCACAUCAACCUGGAGCUGCUCGAGUGUGUCUACCUGGUGUCGGCCAUGCUCAUCGAGGUGCCUUACAUGGCUGCGCACGAGUUUGACGCCCGUCGUCGGCUGAUUUCCAAGUCGUUCCACUACCAGCUGCGCAACUCGGCGCUCAAGUACGACCUGCUCGGGCCCCCCGAGCUGAUGCGAGAGCACGUGGUGGCCGCCUCAAAGGCGAUGCGGCGCGGCGACUGGCGGGCCUGCCGCGACUUCGUCAUCGACAAAACUAUGAACGCUAAGGUGUGGGACCGUUUCUACAACGGUGACCAGCCUCGGGCCGACAAGGUGCGUGCCAUGCUGACGCGCAAGAUCCAGGAGGAGACGCUGCGCACCUACCUGUUCACCUACAGCAACGUGUACGACUCGGUGUCGAUGGUGACCAUGUCGGAGCUGUUCGAGCUCUCCGUCGGAGACGUGCACAGCAUCGUCAGCAAGAUGAUCAUCAACGCUGAGCUGAUGGCCUCCCUGGACGAGCCGUCUCAGACGGUGGUGAUGCACCGGACCGAGCCCAGCCGACUGCAGUCCAUGGCCCUCCAGCUGGCCGACAAACUCGCCAACUUUGUCGAAAACAACGAGCGCCUGCUGGAGAUGAAGCAGGGCCGCGACAUGUACUACGGCCGGGGCGGCGGCGGCCGCGGCUUCGGCGACCGGCCGCCGUUCCCGCGCGGCGACCGCGUCGGCGGCGGGCAGGGAGGGUACGGCCGCGGCGGCGGCGGCGGCGGCGCCUGGGGAAACCGGCGGGACAAUCGCGGCCCUCCGCGCGACCAGCGCGGCCCCCGCCGCUAGGCCCCCGGCGCCCCGCUCGUGCGCCGGCCCUCUGGCGCCCGCUCUCCACCGCGGCGGGGGGCGGCUGGCGCGGUCGGCCGGCCGGCUCCGUCCGACCCACCGCGUUCGGUCGCCCCCCGCCUGCUGCUCUGCUGCCAACGGUGACUGGUGCACGGUGACAUGUCCGGUGUUACGGGACGACAUGUUUAGAAUACAUUCACACGGUCGGGU